AUGAGGAAAUUCUUGAUUAUAGCCUUUUCCAUAACCAUAUGCUUCAUCGCUUUUGUGAUAUCCAAGAUUGUUAUCUCAGUCCUCCUCUACAAAAGAUGGAGAAGAAAACAGAUGAUUCAUGAAGAAGGUUAUCCAGGAGGGAAGAUAGUUAUAUUUAGAUCCUCAGUGCUUAAAUCUCUCACAGCUGAUGCGAUCUUAAAGAAGACACAGAAACUGAACAACAAGGACAUCCUUGGGUCAGGUGGUUAUGGUGUAGUUUAUGGAAUAAAAUUAGAUGAAUCCACAUCCUUGGCAGUAAAAAGGCUAAAUCGUGGAACUGCAGAGAGAGAUAAAGGUUUUGAGAGAGAGUUGGAAGCAAUGGCAGACAUAAAACACCGCAACAUUGUGACCCUUCAUGGAUAUUACACAGCACCACACUACAAUCUUCUCAUAUAUGAGCUAAUGCCCAAUGGAAGUUUGGACUCCUUUUUGCAUGGGAGAUCAGGGGACAAGAAGGUUUUAGAUUGGCCAACCAGAUAUAGAAUAGCUGCAGGUGCAGCUAGAGGAAUAUCGUAUCUUCAUCAUGAUUGCAUCCCUCACAUUAUCCACAGAGACAUCAAGUCAAGCAACAUAUUGUUGGAUCAAAAUAUGGAUGCCCGAGUUUCUGAUUUUGGAUUAGCCACUUUGAUGCAACCAAAUAAAACUCAUGUCUCAACACUUGUGGCAGGAACUUUUGGAUACUUGGCCCCUGAAUAUUUUGAUACAGGAAGAGCAACACUCAAAGGGGAUGUUUACAGCUUCGGGGUUGUUUUACUGGAGCUUUUAACUGGGAAGAAACCCAGUGAUGAGGCAUUCAUGGAAGAGGGAACCAUGCUUGUCACAUGGGUGAAGGCUGUUGUUAGAGAGAAGAAGGAGGAGUUAGUCCUUGAUAGUAGCUUAGGAGCUUGUUCAAUGCAAGAGAUAAAUAAGGUGUUCAACAUUGCAAUGAUGUGUCUUGAACCAGAUCCCUUGAAGAGGCCAACCAUGGGUGAAGUUGUCAAUUUGCUUGACCAAACAGAACAAGAUAACCUUGUUACAGCAUCAUGA